AUGGAAAGGCACAUAGAGAGAGUCCUAAACAGAGUAGCAUUGAUAUCAGUGAGCAUAGCCACAUUGAUUCUGCUUUACCUCCUCCUCCAAACCCCAGAAACAUGCAUCCCAAGAAAUGCUCCCAGAAAGCCUCACUUUAGAUUCCCAAAAUCCAGUUGUGACUUUUAUUCUCGUGACUACCUCCCUCUUCACAAGAAAAACACUCGCCUUUGGUCCUCCAAAUUUUGGAUCACCAGGGUCUCUUCCUACACUCACUUCUUCACCCAACUUUACCAAAUGGGUGUCCUAAAAAACCACUCCAAAGUGCUGUGUGUCUCAGCUGGAGUUGGGCAUGAGGUCAUGGCUCUAACGAAACUGGGAGUUGAGGAUGUUACAGGUGUUGAGCUGAUAGAGUCAUUGCCUUUUGUUAGCAGGGCCGACCCCCAUAAUCUUCCUUUCUUUGAUGAGGCUUUUGAUGUCGCAUUUACUGCUCAUUUGGAAGACGCCUUGUAUCCUUUGCAGUAUGCAAGGGAGAUGGAGAGGACUGUGAGAAAAGGUGGUGUCUUAGUGGUGGUUGUGGAGGAGCGUAGUGAGGAGGAAGUAAAGGAGAUUGUUAGGUUGUUUAGAAUGUCCAGCCUUCUUCACUCUUCUUAUCUUACUUUUAUAGGAAACAGAGUCACCAGGAUUCUAUUGAAAAAUAAGGCUUCUGCUUAA